AUGGAGGUGCAGAAGGCCCAGGACCUGCACAUGGCUCGGGUGCGUCGUCAGGCCGAUCAGCUGCUGGAUCGACAAAGGGCACGAGCCGACGCAGUGAUGCACAGGACGAGGGAGAGGUCUGUCGACAGCUGCAGCUCAGAGGUGUCCAGAGCCUCCUCGUGGACACCUCCCUUCAGCCCUCCACCAUUACCAACACCAAGAGGAGCUGAGGGCGUCAUGGACUCGUCACAGCAGCAGUUCAUCAGCAGGCAGCAGUUCAUCAGCAGGCAGCCGCACCCCAGAGGAGCUGAGGGCGUCAUGGACUCGUCACAGCAGCAGUUUAUCAGCAGGCAGCAGGUCAUCAGCAGGCAGCCGCACCCCAGAGGAGCUGAGGGCGUCAUGGACUCGUCACAGCAGCAGUUCAUCAGCAGGCAGCAGGUCAUCAGCAGGCAGCCGCACCCCAGAGGAGCUGAGGGCGUCAUGGACUCGUCACAGCAGCAGUUCAUCAGCAGGCAGCCGCACCCCAGAGGAGCUGAGGGGACUACUAGCCUUAGACCCGACAGCAAGACCCCAGAGGAGCUGAGGGCGUCAUGGACUUGUCACAGCAGCAGUUCAUCAGCAGGCAGCAGGUCAUCAGCAGGUAGCCGCACCCCAGAGGAGCUGAGGGCGUCAUGGACUCGUCACAGCAGCAGUUCAUCAGCAGGCAGCCGCACCCCAGAGGAGCUGAGGGGACUACUGUCACUGUCCUGGGCCCAAAAAUAUCAAUUACCUCCACUACCUCCACGCCGCACUGUGUCUGAGAGCCUUAGACCCGACAGCAAGACCCCAGAGGAGCUGAGGGCGUCAUGGACUCGUCACAGCAGCAGUUCAUCAGCAGGCAGCAGGUCAUCAGCAGGCAGCCGCACCCCAGAGGAGCUGAGGGCGUCAUGGACUCGUCACAGCAGCAGUUCAUCAGCAGGCAGCCGCACCCCAGAGGAGCUGAGGGGACUACUGUCACUGUCCUGGGCCCAAAAAUAUCAAUUACCUCCACUACCUCCACGCCGCACUGUGUCUGAGAGCCUUAGACCCGACAGCAAGACCCCAGAGGAGCUGAGGGCGUCAUGGACUCGUCACAGCAGCAGUUCAUCAGCAGGCAGCAGGUCAUCAGCAGGCAGCCGCACCCCAGAGGAGCUGAGGGCGUCAUGGACUCGUCACAGCAGCAGUUCAUCAGCAGGCAGCCGCACCCCAGAGGAGCUGAGGGGACUACUGUCACUGUCCUGGGCCCAAAAAUAUCAAUUACCUCCACUACCUCCACGCCGCACUGUGUCUGAGAGCCUUAGACCCGACAGCAAGACCCCAGAGGAGCUGAGGGCGUCAUGGACUCGUCACAGCAGCAGUUCAUCAGCAGGCAGCAGGUCAUCAGCAGGCAGCCGCACCCCAGAGGAGCUGAGGGCGUCAUGGACUCGUCACAGCAGCAGUUCAUCAGCAGGCAGCCGCACCCCAGAGGAGCUGAGGGGACUACUGUCACUGUCCUGGGCCCAAAAAUAUCAAUUACCUCCACUACCUCCACGCCGCACUGUGUCUGAGAGCCUUAGACCCGACAGCAAGACCCCAGAGGAGCUGAGGGCGUCAUGGACUCGUCACAGCAGCAGUUUAUCAGCAGGCAGCAGGUCAUCAGCAGGCAGCCGCACCCCAGAGGAGCUGAGGGCGUCAUGGACUCGUCACAGCAGCAGUUCAUCAGCAGGCAGCCGCACCCCAGAGGAGCUGAGGGGACUACUGUCACUGUCCUGGGCCCAAAAAUAUCAAUUACCUCCACUACCUCCACGCCGCACUGUGUCUGAGAGCCUUAGACCCGACAGCAAGACCCCAGAGGAGCUGAGGAGACUGCCGCCCUCGACCCCAAUUAAACUUGUGGCAGACGGGCAGAAGGUGUUCACUGCCAGGAAACAGGUGGAGGAAGUGAUGGAGGAAUUCAAACGGAUUCAGAGACGCAGCCUUCACCUGACAGUCCCACGCAGGAGAGCGGUCGGACACAUGCUGCAUCAGCUCAUGGAGGGCCUGAUGCAGACUCUCCGGAGAUUCCAAAGCUCCCGCCACCACCGGAGAGUUGCUCCUGCUCCAAUCAGUCCGGUGUUUGUCCCACGGCCCCCGACCACACCGGCCCCGAAGUCCCGCCGCCGAUUCCACCUAACCCCGAGUUAUAUCGCCAAACCAGCAAUAAAUGAGUAA